CGGGACUGACUCCUUCUCUCUUCCCUCAGACUGGCAGCUGGAGAGGCGGCGUUGACGCGUUGGCCGGAGUGAGGAGUCGCGCGUGGCCCUGCCCUUCCCCACCCCUGCCAGAAGACGGGGACCCUGUCAAGGAAUCGAAAAACCCUGUCAAGAAGGACCUGUUGAGCCUGAUCGGAGGAGCUUGUCAAGCCUGGUCGAAGGACCCGUCAAGCCUGAAAGAAAGAAGUCUGUCACGCCUGCCAAACCCUUGUCAAUUAGCCCGUCCUUAGAGAACCCUGUCAGAGCGCCCUGUCGAAGGUCAUGCAUUGCAGGGCCGCGUGAGUGCAGGGUGCCAAGCUUUUCCCUCGGAUGUGCCUCGAACUAUGGUCACGCGCAGAGAAAGCAGAUAGUGUGGCUUUCGGGAAGUCGAUGUUCGUGGUCAUGGUGUGAACUUGACGUAGAGCGAUCCAAAAGUAUCCGAUUUAAAGAGGCAAGAUUGCCGUAAGCUGAAUCGCCGAGCGCUUAGUGGUAGCGGGGAGCAGCAGGCGUGGUCGCGCUACUAUGUCCCCCUCGUCAUGCUUGGUCCUCUCCCUCCUCCUCGUCGCUGCUGUCUCGGGUAGCCCCCUGUCCCCCACGCUCACCCACGAUGCGGCAAACGACCCCCUCGACCCUCUGUACGCCCACGUCGAGGCCCAGGACGCCUCCAACGACCUCGGAGUGGGCGUGGCGGACGGCAGUCUCACGGGCGUCCUCGACCUGCCGGAGCCCACCACGCAGGAGGAGAAGGACAAGAUAGAGAUGUUUGACCCCGCCAGACUCAACUACACCGCCCUCCGCCUCGCGCUGGACGAGGAGCUGGCGAAGGUGAACAAGCGCGAGGGAAAGCUGAUUGGCGAGUCGCGGCUGCCCAGUUUCCUCUCCAACCUGGGGAAGUUCCUCGACUUUGAGAUGGUGGUGAAGGAGAUCGAGACGUCGAUUAUGUCCACCAUGUCGUGCAACGCGUGCAAGGCCGGUGUUGGUCUCCUGCAGCACUAUGUUCAAAACGGCAAGACGAAGGAGGACAUUAUCCGAGCUGCCUCAAAGCUCUGUACUUCCUUCAAGAUUGAGACGCCCAGAGUGUGCUUUGGUGUGAUCCACCUCAUGGCCGAUGAGGUUGUGUAUGUGAUAGAAAAUUUAGCCAUGAGCCCAGAUGAAAUUUGCGGCUUUGUCAUUGGAGACAUCUGCGGCACUCCAUACAACCCUUACCACGAAUGGCGGGUGGCUUUCCCCCCUGUUCAGAAGCCUCCCGUCCCUCGCCCUGAGCCUCCUCCGGAGGGAAUGCCAACCUUCAAGGUGUUGCACCUCUCAGACACACACUUCGACCCAGAGUACCAAGAAGGUUCGAAUGCCGACUGCAAUGAACCCUUGUGUUGCAGAGCAAACUCAGGAGUAGUGAGAUCCCCAGACAAGAGAGCUGGAUAUUGGGGAGACUACAGGAAAUGUGACACACCUGCUAGGACUAUACAGAGCAUGUUGGAGAAUAUUGCUUAUCUACAUCCAGACAUCGACUACAUUAUCUGGACGGGAGACCUUCCUCCACACGACAUAUGGAACCAAACUAGAGAGAGCAACUUGAACAUUCUGAGGUCCACUGUGCAGCAGCUUAUCAACUAUUUCCCUUACGUCCCAAUCUUCCCUGCUUUGGGGAAUCACGAGGCUGCUCCUGUUAAUAGCUUUCCGCCUCCCUUCAUUGUUGGAGACUAUGGGGUAAGUUGGCUCUAUGAUGAAUUGGACACGCAGUGGCAGCAUUGGCUACCACAAGAUACCUCUCCCACAGUAAGAAAGGGGGCCUUCUACUCUGUCCUUGUGAGACCGGGAUUCAGAAUAAUCUCCCUCAAUAUGAACUACUGCAAUAAUAAAAAUUGGUGGUUGCUGCUCAACUCCACCGACCCGGCCCAGGAGCUCCAGUGGUUUAUUUACGAGCUCCAAGGGGCUGAAAUGAGAGGAGAGAAGGUACACGUAUUGGGUCACAUCCCUCCAGGUCACCAUGAUUGUCUCAAGGUCUGGAGUCAUAACUACUAUUCCAUCAUCAAUAGGUUCGAGUCAACAGUCACAGCACAAUUCUUCGGCCACACGCAUUUUGAUGAAUUUGAGCUCUUCUAUGAUGAAUAUGAUAGGCACCGAGUAACAAACAUUGCCUACAUUGGGCCGUCUGUCACUUCCUAUUAUAAACUGAACCCUGGUUAUAGAAUAUACACAGUGGAAGGAGAUUAUGAAGGAUCACGGAAGCUUGUUACUGACCACGAGACAUGGGUCAUGAACCUCAAUGAGGCAAACAGGGAUGGUCAUGUUCGGUGGUACCAGCUGUACUCGGCCCAGAGAGCAUACAAUAUGAGAAAUUUAUUACCACAAGAAUGGAAUCACUUGGUUCACAAGAUGAUGUUUGAUGAUGAAGUCUUUCAAAAAUAUCUAAGAUACUACUGGAAAAACUCAAUCGCGAGAGAAGAAUGCGAUGCCGAGUGCAAAAAGCGCAUGUUAUGUGACCUCAAGUCCGGCCGAUCCAACGACAGGAAGGUGACAUGUGCGAAGAUCGAAGCUCACGAGAAGCUCCAGGAACGCAACGACUGGACAAACUGGAUCUUCUCAGGGAUAACUGUUACGUCCUUGGUCAUUGCUGUCCCAGUGGCUGCCAUCGCCAUACCCAGACUCUUGUUCUUUUUCUUCUAAUGACGAACACAGCCGUGACGACAUCAUCGAGUUGGACUUGACUUGAACUCUCAGACUCCGACUGACCCAUAAGGAAGACUUGACUGAAUAAAAAUAUAUGUGGUUGUGAUAUAAACUUAGUGAUGUGUCCAGUACGUGUGUGUGUGUGAGUUUGUGUGGUAUUUCUGUGUUUCUGACGUUAAGGUGUAAAUGGGAGUAUAUAAGUAAGUUAUUUCUUUGUGUGCGUAUGUAUAAAUGAAUGGAAGUACAGUCUAGUAUUUGUGUAAAUUAAUUCUUUGUGUGUGUGUGUGUGUGUGUGUGUGUGUAAAUCUUGUCCUUAUUUAUUUGUAAUAAAAUGUAAUGAUGAAGGUAAAGUCUUUUUUGUUAACAAAUUACUUACAAAUUACUGUGUGUGGAAUUUUGUUUCUGGGGAAUGUUUAAUUUUAGAGUAUAUUUCAGUCUAAAAUAUUUUGUAUAAUUCUUAUUGGCAAUAGGGUAUGUUAUACAAAGAUUGUUUUUGUCUUGGUAUGUUGCUUUUAAGAGGGUGUUCAUGGUCUAAACCUAAGUACAAAAUGUAUAUUUCCAUAUCAUUCCAUAUACUCACUUAUUGAAUGUAAGCAUAAUUCUUCAUUAGGUAAACAAUUUCCUGUACAUAUAACUCAUUCAUUUUAUGUAUAUUCACUUUCGGUAGCUUGUAUUUAAUGCAGAUGAAAGUGAAUGGUGUAAGUUGAUUUGUUUAUACAAUAUUUCAAAUCAAACCCUUCAUCAAAAAUAGUUUUCUUUAGAUUGACCCUGAACAUAAUUAUCAAGUAUGCAUAGGUUAGGUCUGUUGUAUUUUAACCCAUAAAAGACAUUGUCUCUUAUUAUCUGACACACGUAUGGCACAUCAGCACAAUAGAUAAUCACUUCUGUCAGAUAUAAUUCAGUUUCCACAAAAAAAAAAAAAUGGUUUUGGAAUCUACAUCAAAAUCUACAUUAUGUGGCUAGAAAAUAUCACAAUCAUUUUUUUGGUAUCUUGUGGGAAUACCCUGCCUCUUGACUGAGUGUGCUCAAAUAUAGGAUGUAUACCAUUUAGGUGUUCAAAGAGAACUCAGAGGCAAACAUUUUGUCUAUGUAGAAAAUAGGUUUUACUUAUUAUCAUUCUUCAUCUCCUUCUUCUUCAAUAUGUAGACGAGUAUUUUCCUUGGAGACUGACAGCGUCUGACUGACCAACAGAGUGACCUAUCUUCGUAUUUUUUAACUAUCAUCUGCUUCUUUACUUGAUCUUUCCUUAUCUUUGUAAUUUUUUAUCUGCAAAAGUUUCAGGUUAUUCAUUAUUGUUCAUGAAUACAUAUGAGACAACCAUUUGACUCUUGGUUCAGAUCUUUAAAACUAAUUUUGACAGACACAUUUUGACUAAAUCUUCUAUGUUAGACUUUCACUAUGACUAACUGCAUCACAUUUUCCCGAAGACUUUUUUUUCUUUUCAGAUGUGUUUUACAGGGACAAAGAUUUAAUCAUGUAUGUAUACUUAAUAAUUUGCAUUUUAUCUUCUAGAGAAAAAAAAAAUAAAGGAAUAAAUAUAAAUUAUAACAAAAUUAUAGAAUUCUUUGAAAAAUGUUUUGAAGUGGACUGAAAUUGAUGUUACUUAUUAUUUUGAAGCAGCUGAUGUGAGACCUACAUCUACAAAAACGGACGUGGUUUCUACUUAAUUGAAAAAAAAUUGUAAUUGUAGAAUUCUUCCAUGGAAAUAAAGAUUAAUUUUCAAAUAUU